CAAUUAUGUUUCGUUUACGCGAUUUUUACUUUUCUAUCUGUUCUGUUUAUCGUUUGUAAUAUGUUGUUUUGUGAAUUUUAACGCUGAAUUGUGAAUGUGGGAACAGCUUUUCUUACUUCCUUACCAAUAAGUACCGAAAUUCUUACAAAUAUACGGUUUUCUCUGCUCUUUAUAGACGCGUAUUUUAGCAGUACAACUGUAAAAUGGUGGGCUUUUUAAAAGUAGAAGUUAGUGGUGGAUUUUGAUGUUGAAAAUAUUUGUGUUGAGUAUCGAGUAAUUGUGUGAACUGUGGGCUUGGCGUGGUAUGCGUCGGUGAGACGCGGAGUGGAGUCGUGGGCGGGCGGUGGAUUGAGUCACGAUGGCUCUGGGCGGGUCGGCUCGGCUGCAGACUACAACGCUGUUGGAGCAGCUGCUCGAAGAGAUCAACUUCCAGCGCACUAAGGAGAUGCGACAACUCCUGAAGGAUGAAUCAGGUUUCGUAGUGCUCCAAGGGACGACAUAUUGGACAGACUUGUUCGUGCGUCACUUCCUAUUCCAAGAGGAGCAGGCCAUCGACUGCGACGACCUGCUGUUCUUCGUCAGAAAGCGACAUGUCAAGGGCUCUUCGCGAUACCUGCCCAAGUACGAGACCGAUGUGGAAGUAUUCCGUAAGGAUUCGAAAAAGCUGCCCAUCGGCGACCCGGAGAUCGACUGGGAGGAGACUGUGUACCUGAACCUCAUCGUGCACCAGUUCGACUACACGCUCACACUGGCCAUCUGCACGCGCACCAGCCCCAAGGAGCUGCAGGUGCUGAAGCGGCACUCGCAGAAGGUGUAUGCGUCCCCUAGUCGACGUAAGAUGGACACGAAGGGCGAAGGAGAGGAGAUGACCUACCCCCACAUCUGCUUCAUGGUCGACAACUUUGAUGAGGUAUUCUGCGACAUAGUGGUGCGGGACGGGGAGAUGGUGUGCGUGGAGCUGGUGGCGCGCGGACGCGGCGGUGGCACACAGGCUGUGAUCUUCCUCGGCUCCAUACGGUAUGACGCGCUCACCAGGGUCUACGACUCCAGGCAAUCGUCGCUGUCAACAAAAGUGGCGGCGCGGAUGUCGUUCGGGUUGUUAGGCGGGAGUGCGGCGGCGCGGUGCGAGUUCGUCAGGAUGAAGGGACCCUGUGGCAAGGGACACGCGGAGAUGGCGGUGUCCAAGCCUCGAGGGUCGGGCAUCGAGACCCCAUCGUCCGAACCUGGGCUGGCCAACACUGACAUGUGGGACUCGGACUAUGAAGACGAUCCCGAGGAGAUGUUCGUCUAUCGCCACCAGAGACGGCUGAGCGACCCGAGCGCGAACAUCAACAACUUCGUGCGCGGCGGGUGGCGCACGCGCGACAAGAGCGACAAGAGUCGAUCGGAGAACGAGGGGCUGGACUCCCUCGUCAGCGGCAUCGCAGAGGUGGAGGCCGGGGACCUUAGAGACGAGCUGGACGACGGCGCGUACAACCCGCUGUGGGCGAUGCGCGGGUUCACGCAGACCUUCCACCUGUGGAAGGAGGGCCGGCGCGCGCAGUGCACGCCGCUCAACGCGUACCUCACUUACGUCACGCUGCCAUGGUGGAGCAUUGCCAAAGAUAUACUAGACCACCGCGAGGAACCAAUCCUGACGUUCUAAAGCCGCCCGACCUGAUCCCGAGACUACUACCGCAAUUGUAUACUCCUAAAGUUAAAUUAGUAUUCUACUAAUGUCUUCUUGUAUUAUCAUGAAGGUAUGUGGAAGAGUUUUAUAGUUUAAUUUUUUUUUCUAGCCUGUUAAUCCCACCGCUGGGCAUAGGCCUCUCCUUGAUUCGGCCAGUUCCUCCGAUUUGUUAUUAGCAUUUAUUUUAAUACUGGCAAGUUUUUACUUAUAGGUUUAGGUUCUUAUGUAGGUUUGCCUUAACCUGCAAUGACAAUUAACGCCCACAGACCCAAUCGGGGUGGGUAUUUGUACCAAUAUCAAACUGUAUGGCGACUGGUUACCAGCCCACCGGGUAAUAAAUAAAUAAAUAAACAAAAAUCUCGUUAUUACCAUGUGCUGCCUAACGCGUGCGAGCAAGACAGACAGUCUGCGCGCGCUCCUUUACCCCUUAACGGCAUACAGAAAUUUAGACUAAAGUAAGACCCAAAGGGGGUGAAGUAAAUUUAGCUCGGCACCAAUAGGAAUAAGCGCGGGGCGCAGAGUGUCCAAUCUAUAUGUAGUAUUAUUCUAUGUCGUAACAUAAGCUCCGGCUACAUUCGCAAUUGGGGUAGUCCAUUCAUCGCACGAUGAACGAAGUAGGUACUCGCACGUCGCCGAGCUUGCCGUAUCGCCGUCUAUAAUGGUCAAACUAAGUGCGUUACAAAAUAUAGAUUAAUAACUAAUUGCUGCAAGUUCGGUACCGGAGAUCCCCGUUCGAUGAUGACAAAUAGGUGAGCAUGGUGAUAAAUAAGUAAUUCCAUAUAGUAAUGAAUGAAUAGUCUGUGUAAAAUUGUAACAAGUACAAAUAUAAUCGGCGUGCCUUCGUGAUGUGCAAGAAGUGUUAUUCUUGCGACACCCUCAUAGCGACAUGUUAUCAUAGUGUAUAUUUAUUAAUAUAUUAAAAACCACAAUAAUAAUCCAUGGUGCUGGUUAUUCACCCUUUGGGGUUUGAUAGGGGUAGAGACCAUAAUAGUAAUACAGACAACGAUGUUAUUAUCAACUGCGUUAUUAUCAGGGAUAUGAGUCUCUCAAUAUUUCAACACUUGCAAGUGCGAUGAUCACGGGACGACUGAUAAUAUAUCCGUGAUAAUAACGCGGUAAGAACCCGGUAUUAUGUGUUUUAAUUAUGAUAAUAACCGCAUAAACCUCAAACGAUGCUAUUCAUCAUUCGUUACUAUAGUUUAUACUUUUAGCUGUCCAAUUUAAAGAUUUGAUUAUAUUUAUGAGUACUUUUGAUUACUUUAUGAGUUUGAAUUCAUGUUUGCAUCGUAGAUAAUUGAUAUCACGUGGUUUUCCAGGUUUGUGCCCUGUUAAUGGCAAUAAACUCGCCCCCUGUUACUUGGGACUUAAACAUCGCUAGCGAGGAGUGCGCAGGCGAGUUGUAUACCCCUGCCUACAGACGCUAUGUUAUGGAUAUGCUAUAUUUCAGUAGGAUGAACGUCUACUUUAACAAUGUUCAAACAAAAUAAGUGCUAGCAGCAUAUUGCAAAUAACUCAUCUUUAUGUUGAACUGCACAGUGAUCCUUAAAUUGGACAGUUUAUUAAUGUCUUAGUCCAAAUAUUGUGAGCGGAGGGUGUUCGCUGUUUGCCUUAUUAAUUGAUGUUACUUAUUAGUUUACGUGGCUUUAUUUGAUACGUUCUAAAUGGCGGAAGCGCACACGAGUUCGUUUAAGUAAAAAACACGGACUAUCUAUUUAACUGCAAAAGUUUAUCUAAUAUAACAGUUUCUAAGUUCAUUUCAAGUUCAUUUGAAUAAACAUGCCUUUACAAACAGAAUCCUACACACAUACUUCAUUUGAAACCUUAUGUUGAAUAAGUAUGGUUUUGUUUAUGAUUCAGGAAUAUCAUAAUUAAAUGAACUUGAGUGUCGUGUGUGCCGAUUAUUUGUAUUGUAUUGCAUUCGCACAGUCGAUUGUCGACGGCUUCAUAUCAUUCCACGUUAGUUAGGCUAACAAAUUGACGCGAGAGAUAAGCUUAAUCAUAAGUUGUACUAUAAGUUGAAAGUGUUUAUGUUAGCAUUUAAAAGUAAUGGUAUUAUUUCAUGUAUUCCUUUUACUAUCUAGUCAGACUUUAGGCCUAAAGUUUAAAGCUCGAUAAUAUGGAAUUGCGGAAGAUGUAGCAAAGUGUAACGACAUGUGAAGUAAACAUAGUGUCCGUAUUAUAAGAUUAUAAUAUAUUUUAGCCGUAAAUACUCAUACAGCUAUUUAAGAAUCUUGUCCUAAGUCGUAGUUAACAUACUAAAAUUAUUGUUAUGUCACAGACAUAUAGACACGGCUAGUUUCCUAAGUCAAAGAUAAAUUAUGAAAUUCUAAUUACUAAAUAAAGACGCAUCUAAAGGUGACAAAAAACGUUUCGUUUAUAUUUAACUUAUUUAUGAAUUUGAAUUGUAAUAAUAACUGCGACAUUUUGUCACGUUUUUCUAAGACGUCACAGGUUGCCUUUUCAUAAAAAUUCCAUAGUUAUUUCGUGUGUUGACGUUUUGUAAAAAAUAACUGAUUUGACUAGUUGGAAACUAACCUCUAGGACGGACAGAGUCACCAGGAGAUAGAUGACUUAGACCAUCGGCAUUCGACUCCUAACUUAGGACUCCUGAGUCAUAAUGAAUACAUAACAUAUAAACUACUAUAUUCCUAAUUGGUCUAGGCAAAGGUAUAUUCAUCACAGAUCAUCUGAGUAUCCACGCUUUUUCUGAGCUUUUUAUUAGACCAAAGUGAUCGGUGUGAGCCGUAUUGCCGUCUCUGAUGGUCGAGCCAACUGUGUUACUGAAAAUUGCACUUAACAUAAAUUAAUUUGGUGCAAGUCUGGUACCGGGAAACGAACCAGCGCAGCGCUGUCCGUUUGAGUAUCAAGCGGUGACACACAAGACCACAUUGAUGAAUAUGAUAAUCAUCAUAUAUACAACUUAUAUAAUGUUCCACUGCUAGGCACACCUCUGUUCUCUCUGGCCUCUCCUCAAUCAACCGGAGGCAUGGAGCAUACCGCCGCUCCGUAUUUGGGCUAGUAGCCCGGUACCAACGGAUUAACGUGCCUUCUUACUUUUGGACAAUCAGAAGAUCAGCCUGUAAUGUCCUAUCCAAACUAUGGACCACAAAGUAAUUUUCGUGGUAUGAGAUAACAUGUUAACAACCCAUCACUUGUAUAGGUCUUCCAGCAUGUUUUACUCUUACGACAUAUCUCUGGAAUGAUAAUGGUGCCUAUUCCGGCGCACUCAAACUUAGCCUGAUUUGACUAUUAAAAAACUAGUGCCGUCCUACACUUACAAUAAUUGCAAGAAUGAGACACAGCUAGUUUUAUUCCUGUCAAACUCGGACCAACUAUGGCAAAAAAAAUGUUUACUUUUGACGGAGCAAAGCUGUAUAAUAACCUACCUAAACACAUAAAAAAGGCAGACUCAUUCACCGCAUUUAAAACCAAAGUUGCCCAAUAUAUAUCUACAAACAAAUUUUAAUCUUCACUUCAAAACUAUUGGUGUUUAAAAUACCUAGGUAGAUGCGGUGAAUGUGUCCUUGUUUUCUUAAUAUUCUACUGUCUCUGUGAGGUGUCAUAAUAUUUGACUCACCUACUUUUUAUUGUUAUAACUUUUUUCUCAUAUAAGUGACAUUGUAUGUCUUGUGUUGAGAAAUAAAUAUUCUUUAAACCUAAACCUAAACCAAAUUAAGUUAAAAUAAAGUUGGUGAUUUAAUAUAGAUAUAUGUAGAUACUUUACCCUCAGUCGAACAGAGACUUGGAUGCUUCUAUUGCCGUUACACUUGCGUACAUGUAUCAAUAAUUGUGGGAUUUGAUCUCUAACUAUAGAAACCAAUGGACCUCGGCGAGUAUUUCAAGACAAUGUGAAGAUUAUUUUUGUACAAGUCUCAUCGUUUGUAUUGUCCGUAGAUAUUAUUAUUAUUGUAUUCCGAAGAAAGGUGGUUUGUUAUAUGGAUCGUGUUGGAAUUUCCUAAUUUUAUAUUGACAAAAAUAUUUAAUGCAGUGUCGUUGACCUUUAGACGUACUUCCUGAUUGAUAACGAUCAUGUUGGGAGUGGUCAGUCUUUGGAUGGGUGCCUGUUUAGCAGCUUAAUUAAAUAACAUGUUUACAAACAGCAAAUAACACUGCCUCUCGGCAGUGACACCCACAACAAAAGCUCCAUAUAACAGGCUACAAUUGGAUAUUAUGUAGGUAUAUAAAGAUUUGUAUCUAGUCAUGAAUCGUCACUAUAUGUAUAGUUAAAUAUUUAUAUCAUUUGACUGAAUAAAAUUAUUGCAAGCAUU